UCCUAUCCUAUAUCCUAUUCAAGGCGAAGUUUCUGAAGGAUGAAAAUGUGUGUGCUUAUUCUUUCGUGCUCACGUUAAUCGUCCUUCUUUUACCUGCUUCUUUGGAGCAUACAACAGCAACAGCGUGGGAGAUGGCUCACAUGACCAUGAAUCAGUACUUGCAGCAAGUGGACGAAUCCCUGCAGCAAGGAAUGGGCAAGAAGGCCGCAGAAUUGCUGUCAUGUAGACACGGACAUGUGGCAAGCGCUCGCCUGCAAGUCGAAGAUCCAGAACCCAUGGUACAACGAGUCGUUGACAUGCCCUGGGACAAAGUUAUCACUCAGCACCUUAGGUGUGUUUAUUAUUUGAACAACUACGAAUUUUUGGAAGCUUAUAAGGAACAGGCUCUCCUGGUGCAGGCGUUCACAAAGAUAUUACAGAGCAUCAAGGAAGAUAACUGGGCCCUGCCAAUUAUGUACACAGCGUGCCUUGACCUCAGACUUUUUGCUCUGCAAGCAGACUUGCAGCUGUCGAAGAAGGGUAAGGGCAAGCCAGGGGAAACUUUAGAAAAGUCGGCCGAAUUGCUGAUGGGCUGCUUCCGUGUGUGUGCCAACGACAACCGAUCCACUUGGAAGGACUCCAAGCGGAAAGGGAUGUUGAAUCUCGUUAACCAGCUGUUUAAAAUUUAUUUUAAGAUCAAUAAACUGCAUCUGUGCAAGCCCCUUAUUCGGGCCAUCGAGAGUUCAGCGUUAAAGGACCAGUUCAGUAUAUCUCAGCUAGUUACGUACAGGUACUACGUGGGGCGGAAAGCUAUGAUCGACAGCGACUUUAAAAAUGCCGAAGAAUACCUGACGUUUGCAUUCUUACGCUGCGACCAAGCGUCUGUUGCCAACAAGCGGCUCAUCCUCAUCAACCUGAUUCCAGUCAAGAUGCUGUUGGGCCACAUGCCAAACGAGAGCCUAUUGCAGAAAUAUGACCUCAUGCAGUUCUCAGAAGUGGUCAAUGCUGUAACCGAAGGCAAUCUUUUGCGCCUGAAUGAAGCCUUAGCUGCCAACGAAAGCUUCUUCAUCAAGAACGGGAUCUACUUGGUGCUCGAGAGGCUUAAGAUCAUUACAUACAGAAAUCUUUUCAAAAAAGUGUACUUGCUUUUGAAGACCCAUCAAAUACCAAUUGAUGCCUUCCUCGUCGCAUUGAAACUUAUGAAGAUUGAAGAUGUCGAUCUCGACGAAGUCCAGUGCAUAGUAGCAAACCUUAUCUACGAGGGCAAGAUUAAGGGAUACAUUUCACUCCAGCAUCAAAAGCUCGUAGUGAGCAAACAGAAUGCCUUCCCACCACUCGCAACCAUCGGCUAAUUAAUCUUACAUAACACAGUUGAGGUCAUUGUACCGCCAUUCUUCACGUCACCUGUCUGUUGACCAUGUUUUUUUUCUGAAGCUCAUGUCGUUGUCAAUACAAGCUCGUUUCGUUGAUGUCUUUAGAAUCGUGUCAUACGUACCGUAGAGUCUGUAACAUGCGCUUCCUGAUAUGUAAAUAGGUGUGUUCUAAUUCUGAUGUAUACAGUGCAGUCCUGUCAAUUCAAACUCAAAGAGACCAAAGGUUUCUUCAAAUACGUCGCCUUGCCGGACGAGAGUGUCAGAUAAGUAAAUAAAUAGAUUUAAA